AUGGUUCUUCGAGAUUUGCCUUACGAAAUCCAAUGCGAGAUCGUGUCAUACUUGCCUAAAAGAAUUCUAGCUAUUCUUCUAGACGAUAUACCACCAGAUCACGUACUUAAUGCCCCCGUAGCAAGCACAAUCUACAGACAUGUUAGAGUAGGAGUUUUCUACUCCGCUAACGACGGACUCGAGGAUCCUAACACCCUCAAAGAAAUAUCGAUAGAUGAGCUUGAAAAAUGUGCAAAAGGAGUAUACCAAGCGAGAAUUCAUACUCUUGGAGUAGCCUAUAUUGAGGACGAGGAAGAUUAUUCACAAUUAACCAGGACUUUGAAGAGCUACCCUCUUUUUUUCAAGAAAAUCCCCAACAUUCGAUUAUUUUUCAACCAAGGUCACUAUCUUGCUGAAUCAGUGAAGAAGUUUCCUCGUAUUUUUGGUGAUAAUUUGUCACAAUUAGAUGCUCAUUUCGAUGAUAUUGAAUUUUUGGAACUCCCAAAAAGUUUGGUUUCUUUGAGGAUUAUAAUUGAUGUUGAUGAUGAUUUCGAGGAAGAGGAACAUGUAUCCCUAAGAUUUCCAAAAACGCUAAAGAAGCUCAUCUUGACGGGUCUCUGGUACGAUAAUUGGGCGUCAAAUCAACUUCUCCCACCCAAUCUCGAAGUCUUGAAAGCAUCUGGUCUCACGAAGUUUUGGGAGCACUACCCCCUGACAAUCCAUACCAUUGAAUAUGCAAAUGGGUAUAUUACUUCAUUUGCGGAUUUCAACCUACCUGAUCAUCUUGUUGAAUUGAACCUAGUAGGUUUCGGCGCUAGCGGUAGUCCCUUUGUCAAUGCUUCUUGGCCGUCAAAUUUGAAAUCACUAAAUUUGUAUCGUACCCCAUUAAUGGAUUUUGAGGGUGUCAAGUUCCCAGAAAUGCUCGAGUCGCUCAAUUUACAUGAUACUGGCAUUGACUGCCUUAAAUCUGCUGUGUUUCCAAAGCUGCUCAGAUCACUCAUUUUAAGUGACAAUUGGAUAAGGGACUUGAGUGGAAUUACCUUCCCAAACCUACGCUUUCUUUGUCUUGAUAGAUGCCUUUUAAAAUCCGUCUCCACUAUUGCAUUUCCAGAUUCCCUAGAGACACUUGAGAUGAGGGCAAUAAAAGUAAAGGACUGGGAAAAGGCCACUUUGCCACUGAAAUUGAAAGUUUUGAAAAUCUUUCUCAGAGAUACAAAUAUCAAUCUUCCUCCACAAUUAGAGGAAUUGGAAGUGAUCUAUAAGAGAAAGACUUUCUUAAAAGCGGGAUUGACAUUACCUCCUCUGCUUCGUAAGCUUAUUGUGAAAAAAGAGCGCUAUUAUCAUUACAGUUGGGGAAGAGAAGAAUUAUUGCAGAAUGAAACAACUUAG